AGGAGAGGGGAGAGCGCGCGAUUGACGUGUCAGGAGGACCCCCUGUAACUGGACAUUGACAGGGACUUCCUGAAGGGGCUGCGGCGUGCAUUCUGGAUUAAACCGGACUGUGGGAUUGUGACGACCGGGAGCUGUCACUUAACGACCACCUCCUGAUCUCCCGGUCUCUUCAUGAGACUUUCGGGAUCAAUGAGCGGCGGACACGAGGAGCUCCAGUGAGCGAUGUGCCUGGCAUUGUGAGGAAUGAACGCGCCGUCCGGACACGGCCAGUCCAAACCAACGAGGAUGGGCAAAGAAAUCACAAUGAAUCCCGUUCAGGAGUGGGGCGAGGAGGUAGAGAAUGACGCCGUCUACAGCAUCACCCUUAGACGAGUACCCGUCAAGCCCUCCCAGACCGCCGACUUGUCCUGUGACUGUGGCUUUGUCCAGUACAGGACCACUAAGGAAAGGACCUUAAAGGCUGGCACGCUGGACAAAUUGGUGGCCCACCUUCUAGAGCCCAAUGCGGACCCCACAUUUACUCAUGUUUUCCUCUCGAUGUACCGGGCCUUCACGGAAACCAAGACUGUUCUGGAACUGCUGCUGGACAGGGACCCCAGGGUUGGCGUGAACAAUGAAGAAGAAAACGGCCAUUGGACAGACUCGGGAGAAUCGGACAGGACUCUGAAAUGUCUGCUCCAACUGUGGCUGGAUGAGUACAGGGAAGACUUCCGUGAUCCCCCAAGUCACGCCUGCCUGCAUGCCCUUUGUGCCUACCUGCGCCAGGACCCCCAGUACAGAGAGGUGACCCUGCAGGCCGAGGCAGUGCUGCAGCGAUUCCGUCAGGACGAUUGUUGCCAGACAGAGGCCAUCACCUUCAAGGUGGGUGCAGAUGAGGUGGACGUGUGCAACUCCUCAGAGCGGCCGGACAUCCUGUCUUUCCCUUCUCGGGACAUCGCAGAGCAGUUCACCAUCAUGGAUGCUGACCUCUUUGCCAAAGUGCAUCCUUUCCAGUGCUUGGGCUGCGUGUGGUCCCAGCGGGACAAGAAAGAGAAGAAACAUCGGGCGCCCACCAUCAAGGCGACCAUUCAGCAGUUCAACCGCGUCACCAACUGUGUCAUCGGCACGCUGCUGAGCGACCCCGGGAACCUGCGCCCCCUCUGCCGGGCCAGAAUAGUCGAGAAGUGGAUCCAAGUGGCACAGGAAUGCAUGCUGCUGAGGAACUUCACCUCGCUGAGGGCCAUCCUGUCCGCUCUUCAGUCGAACCCCGUCUAUCGGCUCAAGAGGACCUGGGCGGCAGUCAGCAGAGACAGCCUGGUGAUUUUGGACCAGCUCUCCAAGUUUUUUGACGAUGAGAACUGCCCGCUGACCACCAAGGAGGCCCUGCUGAAGGAUCCCGACUCCCAGAGCGAGUGCGACGGCAACCCCAAUUGUCCCAAGCGAAGCUCCUUGUGCCAGCUGGCGGACCCCUGCACAGGGACUGUCCCCUACCUGGGCACCUACCUGACGAUACUGACCAUGCUGGACACGGCCCUGCCGGACACUCUGGAGGGAGGUCUAAUCAAUUUUGAGAAGCGGAGACGGGAGUUUGAGAUCUUGUCGCGGAUCAAACAACUGCAGGCAACCUGCUGCCAGUAUGAGCUGAGCCUCCAUCCUGAAAUCGCCGUCUGGCUGCAGAGCUACAGGAUGCUGUCAGAACAGGAAAGCCAUGAGUUGUCUCGGGAGGUGGAGCCUCCACUAGACCCCUGCCCAGGAUCCCCCCGGCUCUGGAGCCACAGGAAGCUGGUGAAGAAGCUUAGUGGGCUCAUUAUGGGAUCAGAGGGCUCUGCCUCCAGGGCGUUCCUCGACCAGGUCAGCAUCUCCUUGUCGGGUUCCAGUGGGUCUGAAGUCGACGAUGUGUCUGCACCCCAGUCGCCCGUCAGAAAAAACGAGAAGCUUCUGGACUCCCCCUGCCAGGAGGGCUCUGAUGAUGUCUUUGUUGGCCCGGACUCUCCAGGACCCUCGCCCAGCCUCUCGCCAGUGAGUGCUAAGCUGGAAGACAAGCAGCGUUCCUCAUCCAGCAGCUCCCUUCCAGUCUACAACCAGCAAAUCGAUGACUCCUGCAUCGUCCGUGUCAGCAUGGGCUGGGACAACGGCAACCUCUACAAGAGCAUUCUGUUGACAAGCCAGGACAAAACGGCACACGUGAUCCAGAGGGCCCUGGAGAAGCACAACGUAGAGGGCACGCGCCUUGAGGACUUCCAGUUGUGCCAGGUUAUUGGUGAAGGCAGAGAGCUGGUGAUCCCCGACAAGGCCAAUGUGUUCUACGCCAUGUGCACGUCUGCCAACUACGACUUCAUUCUUCGCUGCAAGGGGCGGGAUAACAGAGCCCCGCCCUCUCCCUCCACUGGGCGGAGUUACCAGAGCUGGCUUGUCCCUUGGCUCACUGCCUCAAAAGAGUGAGGAGGAGGAUGAGGAGGAUGGGAUGAUCCUCCUGUGAGCGUCUGCCGCUUCAUUUCAACGCAAGGGGAGUGAGGAGGAGACACUGAGGAACCUGCCAUGAUGGACCAAAGGCCUCUGAAGAUCUAAUGGAGAAGCCGGGCUUAGAUGAAGCCCCUCUGGAGUGUUCUGCUGUUGGACAAUGGAACCCCCUGGCCCACCACUAGAGUUGAACGUGUGGUGAAGUUUUCAGAUCUGCUGGAACUGCCACAGAAGGGGCAAACAUGUCUCCAAAGUCACACGGGCACUGGAGAAGCCACAAGGAGAGGGCUGCUCACCUCCAUCUCUGUCCACACACUGCAGAUGCCAAUAAAUGAGACAGCAGGGGCUGUCAAAGUCAAAGUCAAUGUAGAGCAGUGGGAAUCGUGUUCACAUAAAACUUGUCCCGCACUGCGGCAGGAUGUGCCAGUCAUGGACGGGGCAGUAGGUGAUGGCCACUGUGUGGACUGCCUGGCCUCGUCUUCAUUUUGUUUUUUGUCACUCCAAGUCCGUUACCCUCAAUGAGGUCCCGAGUACGUGGGGAUGAUUUAGGAUGUUGUGGGUGCUGCCAUCAGCAUGGGCACUGCCAAGAUCAGCUCUAUGGAACCCUUGCUGGUGGGUUUACAAUUCUUCUUUCUGUAUAUAGUGCCUUUCACAGACAUUACUUCAAAGCCCCCUAUAUGGAAGCUAAAUGGCAAUUCUACAGUCCUGGCAGGUGUGAGGGUCUGGGCUCCGACAUCCGAUAGAUGGACUUGGGUUGUUCUUUGGACUUUUGGGUUGUUGCUUGGGCAGCAGGAUGGCUCUGAUCACACCCUGCUCUUCAGGACCCUGUGGUCUUGGUGCUCACAAAUUGUUCUUGAUUAGGGUGAGCUUACUCAACCCAGUUCAGCUUGUUUUUGUAUAGCGGUCUUCAAUGAGGCUCGUGGGCAUAUCAGAUCAGCGAUUGGGCACAGCAGAUGGCUCCAGAUGUUCUGCCAGUGGGAAACCUGGAAUUAAUCCUUUCAAAAGUAAUUAAAAAAAUGCGAUGUGCCAAUGGCUCUCACUUCAUCGUUCAUGGGGGUGAUGGUGGAAGGCGCACUAGCAGUCAUAUUUGAGGGUCCACAGAGGGAGAAUCUUCUGAAAGAAUGCCAUCCUGUGGCACUGCCCCUAUGGUGCCACUCCUUCUAUCCAUUUCUUAUUGAUGUGCCUUCAUUCCAUUCAGACCAGACAGUACAAAAUGGAACACAGUGGACUGGGGACCAAGCGAGGGGCCACCCAAAGUAAAACUCUGGCACAUGACAUUGUACUGUAAAGUGUGGGUAUUACUGGGGCCAUUCUUACUGGCAUGUGUGACCAGCAUUCCACGUGUUGGCAGUCGCACUCGGGUGCUGUCGGCUGGAAUCACCUAAUUGUCACCGGGAGGAGCUCACAGCUUACCUACACCUUUUUCUACACCCACCACCCGUACUUCUAUAUCUGUCUGUACAUACAGUGUGUCUGCAUACCUGUACAAGUGCGCCUUACCCUCUUCAUCUAUAAACCGAUGAAACGUCCGCCCUGGUGGAACUGCGCCGCAGCUCAAGUGUAAUGUCGGCCGGCGUCCACAAGAGGGCAGGACUGUUCAUCAAAAGGCCGACUAAAGGUGGCGUGCAUUCGUCUGUCCAUCCGUGCGUCACGUCGUCCAAAAAUGAGCUCAAAUAUCUUAACGAGGAAAGGCAAACAGAAGCACAAAGAAAGAGGAAUGUUGUCUAGAAUGACCAAUGAAAACGAAAAAUGGCGGUAAGGCGUAUCUGGCAAACUUAAGUUCACAAAUGCAUGACGGGAACGAAACAGACGGACUAUCCGGUAAGCCCGUUUGCUUUUCACUAGGCUAGUUAAUAAUAUUGUAGUGCCUUAGUGCUUAUUAUAAAGUGGGCCUAGUAGAAAGGGAAAAUAAAUUAGUUUAUUAUUUUAUUAUUAAAUCAUUCUGUUUUCAUUAUUGUUUUGACGUAUCGUGCCUGCUACCUCCGGGGUACUGCAAGAUAAGAAAUGUGAUGUUGAAAAUGGCACAUUGUAGGGGUCACUGCGAAUGUCACUAGAGAGCUUUAGCUCAGCAGGACCCGCGACCCGCCGUUUAUGCGAGGUUAAUACUUCAGCACGACAACCACGAGCAAAGUAAAGCUGCUCAAGUGCAAUGCUGCCACCUGGUGGACUCUCGUGGUUACUGCACUGACUUUAUUCAAGCGCAGCGCUCCACACCCGACUCUCCAUAUCGGUUAUCAUAUCAAGGAGCGCCGUGCUAUAAAACUUUGGAUAACGAAAGGUACUCUGACUCUAAUAUAACACAGUAAAGUAAUGAAAAAGAGCAGGAGGUGAGAGGCAGUCAAUACACCAAGCCGAGGUCGUCACCAAAUGUCUCAUCAAGUUCACAAAGAUGGUUAAAAAAAAAACAAAACAAAACAAAGGUUUUGUCCGAACAGAAUUGAUCAACCAGACACGCCAGACACUUAAAGUGCAACUUAAUGUGCCCACCGACCUUUAUAUGGUCCCUCCGGUAAUGUCACAAAGUUGUGCUGUCCCAGUGCCUUUGGGACACAAAUCGCCAUGGAAACCACAGAGCAGAAGAUCCAUCCAUUUACUAACCCGCUGAAUCCGAAUACAGGGUCACGGGGGUCUGCUGGAGCCAAU